AUGACGAUGUUGAGGUUAGAUUAGGCGUGAAAUUCUACAUAACCUCAAUCGGUCAAAAUAAAAUCUAACCCUGGAAGCACGCACCUCCUAAUAGGAAGUGGUAGAAAAAUAAAUAAAAUAUAAUGUUAUGUUAUGAAUAAAAUAUAAGAGAUAAUAAGAAGUGACGAGAUGUUGAAGACGCUCAGAUUCAGUCGCAGACUCUGCCGCGGACCUAAAAUCGCGACGCAAAGGAGGUCGUUCCUCUCGGAGGCGUAUCGCUGCGAGGAGGCGUGGAAUCGCAGACUGGAGUCGCCGUUGUUGCGGAAGAUCGAGCCGAUGACGAUGUUCGCCGAGCUGGAGCAGAGGUACGGGAACGUGGGGAAGGUGAGCGCCGUCGACGUCGAUAUCUUCGUCAACAGCCUCACCGACAACUCGUACGUCGACGAACUGAUGAAGAUGCUGCACAAUCUCAGACAGUCCACAGAAACGUCAAACACCCUCGAGUCCACGCAUCACGCCGCGAUAAGGUAUUUCUUGGAGCACAAUUUUAUUCAGGAACUGCACGAGGUGCUGAACGACAGACUCAACUACGGCAUCUUCCCCGAUUGCUUCGACUACAACAUGCUGAUGGACCAAUUUGUGAAGAGGAAGGAUUACGCCUCCGCCGCGAAGAUAGCGAGCCUGGUGAUGUUGCAGGAAGAAACUGGGCAUCCCAUUACAAACGCGUUCUGCAUUUACGUUUGUCACAAGUAUCUGGAGAAUCCUGACGAUUGGAAGAGACCUGAGGUGCCGCAGGAUACGUCCAAGGAGGAGGUGAAGGUGCGUGUGGGAUACUUGAGGAAUCCUUACUUCGACGAUCAUUUUGAUCUCGUGGAGCCGAGAGAUCUCGUGGGAAAGACUCUGAGUUUUCAAGGAAAGCACAGGAUGGAUGCCCUGGGAAGAACCUGUCAACUGAGGGGUUUAAUAUUAUAUAAGAAAUAUGACGAUGCAUUGAAUUUGAUAAAGGAAUGGCUGGAGACCAUGCAGGAGAAAAUAGUUUACGAAGAAAUAUUUGAAUUGAUAUCGAAGGACAACAGCAAUUUGCAAGAUCAAGAUGUUGAGAGAUUCAAACUUAUGGAAGCUUCAUUAUCCCUCUUGAAGGAGAAACAAAAUCUUAAGGAAAGUUUAAUUGAAACAAUGGAGAAUCUUAUUACAGCCAGUGUAAAGGAGGAGACUGAGAAGGAUAUCUCUAAGCAAUGUCAGACUUAUUCUGACUGGGAACAUGUAAGGACUUCGAUAUUAGAAACACAAAUAAAAGCAAUAGAAAGAGAAAAGAAGAUAGCUAACAUAGAGAAAAUGAAGAAGGACUUGAAAGAGAGAGAACAACUUUUGACCUUCUUUGAUAAUGAGGAAGCUCAUGAAUUACGAAUAGAGCGGAUACAGGAAAAAGAACGUAAAGAGGACGAACGUAUACGUUCCAUGUACAAUAGUGCAAAGAAAUUAAGAGACUUGGUUGCCUCAGAGUCUUACAUACCACCAGAUAUUAAAAAUAGAAAAAAAUAAAAAUAUAGAAAAAGAAAACAGAACACAAUAUGUACAGAGACUUUAAACAUAUAAUGUAUAAAGGAUUAAAAUAAAAAAACCAACAGAACUAUUAUCUUUCAACAAUAUUAA